UUGCAGCUUCUCUUCAGCGGAUGAUAGAUAGUGCGGGUUCUGAGUUUAGUAUGUGUUGACAUGUAAGAACUGUAGCUGAGUUGGAGUGCGAGGGAAGCAACAAGAAGCCACAGUAGCAGCAGUUUUUAAGCGAGUCUUAAGUGUGAUGAUGGCGUACCAGUAAAUAUUUAGCGACGGUUUGUAAACGGGACUGAACUCACUUAAACGCGAAAUACAUUUACGAAACUGACAUUUCGUCCGAGUAAUUCUAGCAACCAAAAUAUGCGAUCUUGAUACGAAUGAUUUCGAUUACAUAUUCUCAUUUAGUACAGUUUUCAGCUCAUGGGGUACGUUUCUUUUAACAUAUUCUGUCAAUGAAGAAAAAAAUCCCCAAGAAUGGGGUAUCUAUAUAAAAUAAGAUGUGACGUGUACUCCAGCAGAAGUUAGAAUAACCGAAGUGAAUUCCAAUACAACCUAUUACUUUUGAAAACCCAUACAGUGUCUGUGAUUCGGGAAUAUAAUCGCAACAUUAACAACGUUAAAAAAAAAAAAAGAUAUUUUGAAAUAAUUAAAAGUUUGUUAAAGCUUGUUCUGUAAUUUAUAGUCUGUGUAAAGGACGAAUAGAUGUCUUUACGCAGUGAUUAAUUAUCUCGACUUUCUUUUGAUAAUCUGGUUUUGAUACAUUUUAAUAAAAAAAAAAAUAAUAAGUGAGAGAAAAAAUAAAAUAAAGGUAAAACGUGGUUAAACUACUUAAGUCAUGGCUCGUGAAUUUCUAGAGCACUUUUAUUUUCGAGGAAUAGACGGUGCAGUAGAGAAUUCGGGAGGUGGGACGGGCACUGGAUACUGCGGCGGUCCAACGGGAGCAACGACUCCAGACGAAAAUGAUACGUACAACAAUAAUCAUUUUCAAAACCAGUUGACAAGAUCCCUGAAUCCAGUGAGCACGGGCAGCAACGAGAAUAACAACACAUCGACAGACAUGGUGGACGCCAUGAAAAAGAAGUGGGUACGCUUACAGGCCAAUAUUGAUAAUAUGUUCCAGGGUUUUGGCUUCUCGCAGCCGUUCAACAGGCGCAGAGAAGGAGCAGUGGUGGCGGGCGGAGGAGAAGGUCGCUGCGGAGUGGGAGGCAGCCUGACGCCAAAUGAGAAGAGACGGAACGACAACCUUCAUCUUCAUCACAGUAACAACCAUCGUCGCCACAGCCACUGGGCUGAACACGACGACACUCACCUAAACUCAUCCAAUUCCGAUGCCGUGGUUGUUUAUCAAGAACAGAUUGAAAUGGCUCUGCUGAGUCAAGGAGAAUUACGACUCGGAGUUGGACAUGAUUUCGUCUUGGAGUUGCGAUCUAAUCCGACUUGGUGCGACAAAUGCGGAGACUUCAUCUGGGGAGCCUACAAACAGUGCCUCAAGUGCAAACGUAAGUCAAUAUUUAUGAAGAUUUUUCGGGUAAGGUUGAAAUCUUAUGAUCCAGGGCAUUUUUCAUGAAUGUUGAGAAUAGAUUUUAGUGAGGUGCUAUUGCAGAGCACUCAUUUGUAAACAGUUGUAAGUCAUUGGCCUGCAAAAUUUAAAACUGUUAGAGCAGUGGCUGAGCCUAAACUUCUGGCCCUGCGUUCAGGGUUGAAGGCUUUUGCUAACAGUAAUUUCUGUAAGUACACAUAACAUCCUGUUUGUA